CUCAGUCAAAUGUUGUUUGAAUGUAUUGGAAGUAAACAAGUAGAUAUAUCUGCCAAUCACUCUUGAUUUUAACUAAUAAGAGCAGAGAGCGCAUAAACCAUGAAAUCGACUUCCUCAACAUUUGUUUCGCAUUUAUUUACUGGCGAAGUUUCCGGACAAACUGUGAAUUAUCGUAUACUAAGGAUGCAGGAUUCUGUAUUUAUUUACAUUGGAAAGAAGGAUGAAGAAGUGCUGGAUGGUUUAGCUGUAGGACUUUUAUCACCGUAUCAAGAUCGCGAAGCAGUCACAACAUCAAUUUUGGAAAGUACAGAAUCGUUUGACAUUGCGCAAAAGCUUGCCGUAAAGCUCAAUAAGCCGGUAUUUGUAAGCUGUAAUAUGAAUGUUGAUAGAUUGAUAGCUCCAGUCAUCGAAUCGCAUUUAAUUCAAGAGAUUAAAGAAAGGCCGGAGUUCUUUUAAAACUAUGAUCAUUCAUUCAUAAUUAAGUUAACUUAAUUCACGUGUUAUUUCUCUAAUUUGUCAACAUGCAAGAUAAUAAAAAGCAUAAUCAGUUUGAUAUAAAGUA